AUGAAAGUGACAGUCGGUGAAACAGAACAUUUACGAGUUGCUGCCAGCCCCGUGUGUCCUGAUGGCCAUGGAAAGGCCGUCAUAGCAGAGGACGGCACGCACUACCUACUCGAGUGCUGCACAAAAGCUCACCCGGGUGUGAACCACCUCAGCAGGGCACCGGGCAUCAAGUCGAAGAAGGACUGUCUGGAUAAAUGCCAGAGCACCGCGAAAUGUGACAGCGUCGAGUACAACAAUAACAACCAAGACUGUGUUCUGUACGAACUCGGCGGGCUCUCGCACGAGGACGCCCCCAGCGGCUCGCACGACUGGUUGUUUUUCGUCGAUCCUCCUGCGAUCCCAGCACCAGCCAAUAUCACGCACAUGUGCUCGACCGAUUGCCCUGCUGCGCAUGGACAGAAAUAUGUUUCUGACUUUGGAGAGCUCUUCCACAUGGAAUGCGGCAAACCACACGGAACAGCGCCCUUCAAAGAGGAAGAAACUGCCACCUAUCGUGACUGUCUAGACGGAUGUGCGAAGCUUCCUCGGUGCGUGAGUAUCGACUGGUCGAGCCGGACGAAGAUGUGCUACUACGGGAAGCACUCUGGUGCUGCGCCGAUUACUGCGCCGGCCUGGAACAGUGCGUAUAAGCUUGGGUGUGCGAAUGCCUGUGAUAAGGAUGGUGGUGGUUCUUGUGGAUGUGGGAAGGGGAAGAAGUCUGGUGGGCCUUAG